UCUCCAGCAAACAAAACUCCGCCGUUGCUCUCUCCACCUCUGUUCGUGAGUCGUGACUUGCAAACUCAAACCUGGGUAAUCUCCGCGCCGCAAACCCUGCCGCAAACCCUAGCCGCCGCCAUGGCCUUCCUCGCCGGCGCAGCCUCCAUCCGCAGCCCCUUCGCCCUCGUCUCCUCCUCCCGGCGCCGGUAUGAUCUACCCACGGCUGUGAAAGCCACCACCAAUUCGAAUUCGGUUCCCCCCCACCCCAUCAUCUCCUCCCUCCGCCUCGCCGCCUCCGCCGCGGUCCUCCUCGCGGCUACCUCCCCGGCCAUCGCGUGCACACCGUCCCCGCCUCCGCCUCCCGCGCUCACCGUCACGGUCUCACCCGAGGACGCCAUCCAGGACGACUCCCACCCCUUCGAGAAGCUCAUCGUCGAGACCGCCGCCCUCUCCCGUUUCGGCGGCGCGGAGGCCGCGCGGGCCCGCCUCUCUGCCGCCGGAGGCGGCGACCAAUAUGCCCGGCUCCUCGCGGCGCAGACGCUCUUCGUGGACGGCAAGGCCGACGAGGCGAUCGCCGCCUUCGAGGAGCUCGCGCGGGAGGACCCCGGCGACUACCGCCCCCUGUUCUGCCAGUACGUUCUGUACUCUGUUCUGGGCAGGGCGGCGGAGUCGGAGUCGAUGCUCGAGCGCUGCCAGGCGAUCGCCGGCGACAAAUUCAGCGCCAAUUUGACAAUGCCGAUCGCGGCGACCAAGGAGGUGGAAGCCGGAGCAGAGGCAGAGGCAGAGUCCGUGACAGAGAAGACGGAAACAGAGGCGGAAGGGGAGAAACUGUGAGUACAGUGGAUUUGGAAUCACCAAAUAAGGUGAGGAAAGUAGAUGGGCUCAAGUUGGAAUCUCGUGAUUCAACGGCUCAAUGCUGGUGAUUGGGCUAGACUGAUGGACUUUCAGUAUUGGCGUGCAUCGUUCACUGAAACCCGGCGCUUAAGAUGAGCCAGUGGGCUUUGACGCGACAGUUAGGAUAUUUGUGUGGAUACUCGUCAUCCGCCCUUCAAGACAGUUGGGAUAUUUGUGUGGAUUGCUGCACUAAGAAGUGUAAAUAGUUGUGACAAUGAAGCAUGUUCUUGAGGCAAUCUUAAGAGUCUUCCAACACAUCAGCACAAGACAGACACUAGGUAAAGGCUGGUUGCAGUCGUCGCUGCAUCCAAUUGUUACUACUACCGUCUUGCAGAGCACGUGACUGGUAAUUCCCUAUGCUCGCAAUCGCCGGCGACAAAUUCAGCGCCAAUUCAACAAUGCCGAUCGGGAGAGUCUGUGACAGAGAAGAUGGAAACAGAGGCGGAGGGGAAGAAAAUGUGAGUGCAGUGGAUUUGGAAUCACCAAAUAAGGUAGGCAUUUGGUCCCUUCUGUUGAAUUGAAGGAAAAGUAUAGUAGGAUGGAACACCAUGAUGCUCUCAUGGUACAAUAGAAUCAUAUAAACAGAGAGAAAUUCUAAACGGUAAUUCCUGUUUUGCAGUUCUGA